AUGACCAAGCACACGUCUCCGGGUUGCAUGCGUUUGCGCACUGCGGCAAGGAUAAACGCUUCACUUCCUGUAGACAGCAGUUGGCGCUGUGAUUUUGCAGAGCCUCGGAGCAUUAAGGAGGAGCCGACCACACUCAUCCCCACUACUGAGGAUUUCUGGAGGGAGAAACCGAACAAGAAAGAUAUUUACCCUGUGACCAGAGAAAAAUAUAAGAAUCUUGUGGCGCUGCUAAUCAAUAAUAAGAAGUUCACGCUUAAGCAUUUAAACAGACGUGGAGCUGAGGAGGAUGCGGAGAAACUUCUCAAAGAUCUGGGAUAUGAGGUGGUGAAAUACACAGACCUCACUGCAAAGGCCAUCGAUGAAGCUCUAUUCAAGUUCUCUGAACAUCCAAAACUCCAAGGAACAGACAACGUGAUAGUGGUUCUCAUGUCUCACGGGAAACUGGGAACUAUCCUAGGUGUCGACUGGACACCGAAAGCUACACCACUGGAAACCUCAAAAUCUGAUGACAAGGAACCGGAUGAGUUCCCAAUACGCAACAUUUAUAAACACUUGGGUCCAGAGAAAUGUCCGGCUCUGCUGAACAAAACUAAAAUCCACAUCAUCCAGGCCAGCAGAGGAGAUAAUUCUCAUCCAGAGGAAGGCGCUGUGCUGGUAAGCGACUGUGGGCCUGAUGAAAUCAGAAACCAAGAGAUAUCUCCUUAUUGUUGGUAUAGAUUCGACCAAAUAGAAGAAAACUUCAUCUCUUUUCACGCCUGCACACCUGACACCAAGGCAUAUAGAGAUACGGUACGGGGGUCUUUGUUAAUCCAGUUUAUUGUCGACGUAUUCAACACCCACGCAUAUGAGGAUGACAUCGAGAAACUUUUCCGAAAAGUCAUGCGACGCUUUGAAGAGUACCGCCCUUCAAACAUAAGGCAGAUGCCGAUCAUGGACAGAAGCACACUAACAAGAAGCUUCUACUUUUAUCCAGGUCUCAAUAUUGUUUGA